AUGUCGGAGCAGUUCUACUUCCUGACCCACACCCCGGAGCAGGCAGCCAAAUGGGACGACAUUGCGCGCACCGACCCCGAGCGCGUCUGCGAGACGCUCGACGUGGGCUUUGAGACGAAGACGACAAACAGAUGGGGAGACUCGGCGCAGGAUGUAUACCCGUGUUACGAAGCGACAGGGAAACUAGCCAGGGAGGGGACUGCAGAAUGGCACCGGCUGCUGGAUGUUGGUGUCGCAGAAAAGCUUUGCGACGGCGUCUUGCAAGCGAGGGUCUAUGUACCGCCUCUCCCGGGUAUGUCAGAGGAAAGGCAGCGGGAAGCAAUGAGGCAGGUGCGCUCGGGCCACUUUGUGGCACUCGAUGCCAUCUGCCACGCCGUCUGUUCCGUCUCCAAGACGCCCAACGAGUCCGAGCGCAAGUUCCUGCGCACGCUCAAGCAGCGAUGGCCAGAGAUGAUGAAACACCUCUGGGACUCUCCGCAGAACGCGCUUCGGCCGGAGUCUUCUCAUGCCAUCGAAAGGGCCGUCGUCGCCAAGAUCGUCGCGCGACUCACACAUGCUGACCCAUCUGUAAUGAGCAUGAUCGACGCCGAUUUCGACAUGACUCUGCCUCUGUUGACGCGUUACUUCAUCCACGCCACCGAGGAACGCGACACUCUGUAUCUCUUGGAGUGCAUUACCUGCCUCACGACGCCAAUAGUGGACAAGGACCUCAUCAAGCAUCGCAAACUGCAUCCCCUCCCGAAGACAUGGCUGUCGCGGAUGAUGGGCGGCUCGACGCCGCCGCGGAAGAUCUUCGACCGGUGCGGGGUCCACCUCACGCAGACAAUGAAAAAGGAGGAGGACGCGCGGAUGAUUAUGGACUUUAUCAUCACGCUCCUCCAGCUCGUCAACGACCAGGGCCCCGAGUUCGCGAACGAUCUCCGGCAGUCGGCCUCGCUCUGGACGAACAUGUUCAUCUUCAUGCGGAGGGCGGCGGAGCGCAAGAUUGAGCCGGGCGACAAAGCGGCGGGCGCGCGGGCGAAGAGAGCGGCGGCGAACGUAAUCGGGUUGACUGCUAACUGGAUGCAUAGCUGCUUCUUCCAGUCGCCCGACCAGCUGAAGGUGUUUGUGGAGCUGUGUAUCCGGGCAGACUUCUUCAAUGCGCUCGAUGCCACCGUCCCCCGUGUCGUCGCUACGGAGGGUGUCACCCAACAACUCACGCGCAUCAUCUUCUGCCUCGACAGCCUCCUCUCCAAAGACCCCUCUACCUCCCCGCUCUUCAAGGGCCAACUCCCGCGUCCCCGCACCUUCCACGCACUGCUCAUCCACGCAUACAUAGACCCGCGCACGCGCAGCCUGCGCACGCCGAGCGAGUUCGUGCGUACCGGGCAGGUCCGGCGGGACGCGAAGGGCCUCCCGGCGGUCGGCUCGAACUUCUUCGACGAGAGCUGCUGGCAGAUGUGGCAUGCGCUCGAGAAGCGCGUCAAGUCCGGCGGUGUGUGUGCGCGGCGCGUGUGCGACGAGCGCGCGACGGCAAGGUGCAGCAAGUGCGGGCAGGCACAGUAUUGCGGGCAGGACUGCCAGAAGAAGGAUUGGAAGGAGCACAAGAUCAUGUGUGGCGUCAUAAUCCACGACGAGGUCCCGAACAGCGGGGGCCUGCAUCGUGUCACUAUUCCGGGCAUCAAUGCGCCGCCUGUUGGUGGUUGA